AUGGCACGAAGGCGACCUGGUCUUGCGUGGUGUUUCCUGUUGACAUCCGCCGUCAGUUUUGUGCAUUUGUCAUGCACCCGCUCCCAAGCGCCCAGCCGGCACCCCGCCGCACGCUCCGACGCCGCGCUUCGCCGCGCCGUCGCGGAGCCGGCGGCAGAGCCACCUGAGUGGCGCUCAGCCCUGCGGCGGCUGCUGCUCGCGCGGCGUUCAGCCACGCGGCAGGCAGCGCUGAAGGAGCUGGCCGAGGUCUACGACGACGCCAGUGGCGAGAUUUUUGCAGAGGUGGAGAAGUAUGCGCAGCAGAUGGAAGAGACGCCGACUCUUCAGAUGCUCCGCUUGCGGCCCUUCUUGGGAUAUCGUUCGGCGUGUGCCAGCCUUUAUCGCACGGUGAGGGAUCACAUUUUGCCACAACAAGCAGAUAGCCCCGUGGUGGUGCAGAAGCAAAGUCGAGAGGGCGAGCAACGGUUGAGGAGCGAUGCCAUGGACGCUGAAGGGAAGGAGGCUCCGCUAGCGGCUUCGAAGGCGCGGGCGCUGUUCGUGGCGCUGCGGCAGCUGACGAACUCCGAUCCUUGGAGCUUGGAGAGGUCGGCCAAGUCGAAGGACGAGGACUGGGCCGCACGGACGCCGAAGCUCGAAACGCCCAAAUACGAGGUGGUUUCUCGAGAUGCACUCUCUGGCUUUGAGGUGAGGGAGUACGCACCUUAUGCUGUGGUUCAAACACGUCAAGGUGCAGAGGUGGCGAAUAACCGGUCCUUCUUCAUGCUUGCCGACUACAUUUUUGGAAAGAAAAAUGUUCGGAACGAGAAGAUGGCGAUGACAACUCCUGUGCAGAUGGAUCGAGACAGUGGAGCCAUGUCGUUCAUCAUGCCCAGCAAAUAUUGGACGUCCUUGGAGACGGCCCCGGCACCGGCCGAGAACUCCGGAGUGCUUCUCCAAGAGCGCCCGGUCGAGACCUUGGCCGUCUCAUGCUUCGGAGGCUAUGCGCUACAAGCCACGGUGGCCAAGAAGACCGAAGAAUUGAUAGACUUCGUGGAGAAGAGUGAGACCUGGGAGAUUGUAGAGAACACCACGCGUCUCAUGCAGUACAACGAUCCCUUUACUGUGCCCUGGAAGAGACGCAACGAGGUCAGCAUCCCCGUGAGAGCCAAAGCGCGUUAA